AUGAGUAAAUUAAUCCCAGCUCAGGAAGCGGCUAAGAUCUAUCACACGAACUACGUGCGCAACGCCCGGGCGAUCGGGGUUCUGUGGAUCAUCCUGACCAUCUGCUUCGCCAUCAUCACCAUGGUGGUGUUCAUCCAGCCCUACUGGAUCGGGGACAGUGUGGACACUCCGCAGUCCGGAUACUUCGGGCUUUUCCACUACUGCAUCGGGAACCCCAUCACAGGAGAGCUGGUGUGUAAAGGAAGCGCCCUGGACUUCGGCUCCAUUCCGUCUGGAGCGUUUAAGACGGCCAUGUUCUUCGUGGGGAUCUCCUUCCUGCUGGUGGUGGGAACCAUCGGCUGCUUCAGCCUCUUCUUCUUCUGUAACGCAGGCAGUGUCUACAAGAUCUGCGCCUGGAUGCAGCUCGCCGCCGCCACGUGUAUGGUCAUAGGCUGCAUGAUCUACCCAGAUGGCUGGGACUCGGAAGAGGUGAAGCGAAUGUGCGGCCAGCGCACCGAUAAAUACACGCUGGGGAACUGCACAGUGCGCUGGGCUUACAUCCUAGCCAUAAUCAGCAUCAUGGACGCCCUCGUUCUCGCGUUCCUGGCUUUCGUAUUGGGCAACCGCCAGGACAAACUGCUGCCAGAGGACUUCCAGGUGGGAGAGAACACAGAAGCAGCAUAAAGACUCAUCCUGUAUUGUUCUGGAAGUGCGUCAGUCAGAACAUCUUGGA